UUGACGUAUUGAACGAGAUUAGGGUUAGACAAGAUGGAUGCUGACGGACUUCCCAUCGUCGGCGUUGGGGUCGAUUAUUCUAAGGUUGAUCCAAUUCAUCAAAAAAGAACACUUGCUUUCCUGAAUCAUUUUCUGAUUCGCACCACAUCUUUCCUUAACCAUUUUGCAGCAGUGUGUGAUGAGAAACUUGAAAAUUUGCUCAUUCGCAUACAACGAUUAGAGGCAUCGAUGUGUAUACUUGAAGCAAAGCUAGCAUCAAUUCCUGGAUUAGAUGAUGUCACUGCCCAGUCUGUACAACAGCCAUUACCUGAGAAACAAACAAUUGAAGAACCUUCUCAACCGGCCACAACUGAACAAAUUCCUUCCAACGAACAAAGUUCAAAUCCAAUUGAGCCAGAAAAACCAAAGAUGACUAUUUCACAGGAUCCAAGAUAUUCUAAAUAUUUCAAGAUGAUAAAUCUUGGGGUACCAGUUGGUGCAGUGAAACAAAAGAUGAUCACAGAGGGUGUUGAUCCAAAUAUUCUGGAUGAUCCCAAUGCAGAAUCUUCGUCCAAACCCAUAGUUCAAGAUGAAGAAAAUGAUGACUCAGAUGUCAGUAGUUUUAGUGAUUAAAUUAAGCAUGUAUUGAAUCUAUUACCCGUGCCAAGUUGUCCAUUUUUAAAUAAGAAGAUUCAUUACUAAUAUACAUAUAUCUAUAUAUUUAAAUGAUAUAAAGUAGUAUAGUAAUUUAUGUUUGUCAGUCUGAAAUUUAUCUUAUCAAUCCCAAAUAGUCAAACACCAAUUAUUGAAUUUAUUGAAGCCAAUAGGAUUAAUAAACUUUUUCUGUAGUCUAAAUGUUAACCAGAAAUUAAUUUCUGUAGUUUUCUUGUUGGGGCUAUAAAUUUCAAUGUUAAAUUGUGGCAUACUAAUAUAUUUUCCUUUAUUUUAAAUGAAUUUUCAAGCAGUGAAACAGUUAUUGUUCUAGAUAACUUUUUUACUAAUGCACUAAAUAUGCAGUAAUUAUAAAAAAAUAACUAUAAUUAUUUGCUAAGAUUCUUUUGUAUGAAUGCUUUUUAAAGUGGUGAUUUUUCAGCCAUAAACAAAUAUUCUUUCCAUAUAAUAAUAUCACCAAAUAGAAUGGUAUGUCAAGUGAAGAAUGUAAUAAUUGUUUCUUGAGUACAAAUUGUCAGCUUUCCAAUAUGAAAGUUAAACAUAAGAUAUAUGUGUGUUGCUUAUCAAUAAGUGCAUAAGAAUUAAAUGUGCUUCUUGCUGUUUAAAAUAUAAAUUAUAUUUUAAAUAUUCUGGGCUUUCCAGCCAAUAUUGUCCAUUUAAAACUUUGAAUGGUUUGGUAAAGCCAAUUUAACGAAAUUUUGGAAUAGAUAACUUUGAUAUUUUCAGAUUGCAAGGUUUGCAUCUGCUCAAUUGUCACAUGGGUACUUGGACUGUGCGUAUCUGGAUAUUUUUAUUAUUCAUAUUUACAAAAAGAAAGCUGUAUAGUUGACUAAAUAACUAAAUAAUGUUAUUAGUUUACAAAAUACUAUUAGUUCCACAAAUGAUUCAGUUUAAUUAUAGAUGUAAAUAAUAAUGUGGUGUUAUUGAUUUCCAUGUAACAUAUCAGUUUUUGAAAAUCAAAAUUCGAUGUAUAAAAUCAUGCACUAUAUGAAACUAUUAUCAUUUUAUUUAUAAUUGAUAAAAGGGUAUCUUGUACAGAAAUAAACGGUUAUUGUUACAGUAUGUAUGGAUAUUGUAAAUAAAGCGGACUAGCAAAU